AUGGCUGCCUCACCGGCUGCUGCCGACGGACCCACGGAGGGUCGUGAUUCUAGUAGCGGCGCCGAAACGGCCGACUUCUCUGAAAGUCCAAUGGCGAUGGCGGAUGAUGAUCUUAAGGGAGCUUCCAAUUCUGUGAUUGAUGCUAAGCCCAUCGUGAAGAAAUCUUUCUUCGCUCGGAUGUCGCAGUUGAACCUUCUGGCACCUGAUGGACGGUUUAGUGCUGUAUUCAAUCUUUCGGCGGCUACUUUGGGAGCAGGAGCCUUGGCUGUUCCUAUUUCGAUAUUAGAUGCAGGUAUAGUAGGUGGAAUACUGUUGUUGUUCGUGAUGGGUGUAUUAUCACUCUUGUCUAUUAUAAUGAUCGCCAAGGCCUGUUACAUAACAGGGAAGCCUUCCUAUGAAGAAUUGUUAGAGCAUCUCUUUGGCAAAGGUGUGUGCUAUGGCUUUGACGUUGUUAUGAUACUUUUCUGUUUUGGCACUUGUGUUACUUACCUAAUCACGUUGUUCGAUAUCCUAUAUCCGGUCCUUGUCCAUUUCAUUGGGCCUGACCCCACCAACUGGUUCCUCAAGAUCUGGGUACACCGCAUUCCCUUUACUGCUGUUAUCGCUAUUGUUAUCUUGCUUCCUCUCUCUUUGAGAAGUCACAUUAGCGAGAUUCGUUAUGUCACAUUUCUCGGUGUACUCGGUGUUUUCUUUCUGGCUAUAACAUCUAUCUACGUUCUAUGCCGUUACGGCGUAUCAGAUCAUCUACCAUCAGAUAUGGUCUCUCCAGUGAAUGGUUGGACUAGCAUGCUGGCGGCUAUCAAUACCUAUACGUUUGCUUAUUGUAAUCAACCUAACGUCCCAGAGAUCUACAUCCAGGUCCGCGACCCUACGACCAAGCGGUUUAUGCCAGUAGUAGUAUGGACGAUCGCAGUGUGCUUUGCCGUCUAUGUUACUGUUGGUAUUACUAACUUCUUGGCAUUUGGUAUGGAUGUACAGUCCUCUAUCAUCAUCAACUUAGGACAGUACAUAUCUCAAGGCGAUGUCAUGAUAUGUAUUUCCUUUGCUUUGGAGUGUAUCACCAUUAUUGGUGCAUUCCCAUUGGUGGUCUAUCCUCAGAGGAGUUCUAUCGUUCAUGCUAUAUCGGCAUGCUUGCCACCUAGGAAUGCAUGGUGGAAGAAGGUAUACGGUUGGAUAGUAGUGGUACUCAUAAUUGGUUUAUCCUAUGCUGUGGCUAUUGCAUUACCCGAUGUUAAUGUUAUGUUGGGUCUGGUUGGCUCUUUGACCGGUUCGAUUGUCACAUUUUAUUCACCGGCUGCCUUUAUAUUGAAGAUCUCCAAGAAGCCGCUUCUUACCUUUGAUGUUGAGCACAUCGUAUGUUACGUAUUGAUAGUCGUUGGUACCAUCGCAUUCGUAUUGGGGACCUACGCCUCGGUGCAAGGUGUCAUAGAUUAUUACUCUUCCUAGCUGUUCCUAUUACAGUCCACCACACUGAGCUGGUUUCUGAAUCUGGUAUUAGCC